AUGCUCUCCGGUAUCCUGAUUUUCAACCAAAAGGGCGAGAACCUCAUUUUCCGCGCCUUCCGCAACGAUUGCCGCCCCCGCCUUGCCGAUGUCUUCCGCAUCCAGGUCAUCUCCAACGCCCAGGUGCGAUCGCCCAUCCUGACCCUCGGGAGCACGACCUUUAGCCAUGUCAAGCACGAGAACAUCUACCUGGUUGCCAUCACAAAGAGCAACGCCAAUGCCGCCCUCGUGUUCGAGUUCCUGUACCGCCUGAUCCAGCUCGGGCGCGGGUACUUUGGCAAAUUUGACGAGGAGGCUGUCAAGAACAAUUUUGUCCUUGUCUACGAGCUGCUAGAUGAGAUCAUCGAUUUUGGGUACCCCCAGAACACCGAGACCGACACCCUCAAGAUGUACAUCACCACCGAAGGGGUCAAGUCGGAGCAGCGGAUAGAAGACUCGGCAAAGAUCACAAUGCAGGCCACCGGCGCGCUGUCAUGGAGGAAAGCAGAUGUGAAAUACCGCAAGAACGAGGCGUUUGUCGACGUUAUCGAGGACGUUAAUUUGCUUAUGUCAGCGACCGGCGCGGUCCUGCGAGCGGAUGUCACGGGUCAGAUCAUCAUGCGGGCAUACUUGUCAGGGACCCCAGAGUGCAAGUUCGGCCUCAACGAUAGGUUACUUCUCGAUAAUGACGGGAUGAUGAGCCUGCCCAGCGGCAACCGGAUGGGGACCAAGGCGACCAAGGCCGCUGCUGGAAGUGUCACGCUAGAGGAUUGCCAGUUCCACCAAUGCGUCAAGCUAGGAAAGUUCGACUCGGAUCGCAUCAUCUCCUUUGUCCCGCCGGAUGGGGAGUUCGAGCUGAUGCGCUACCGUGCCACUGAGAACGUCAACUUGCCCUUCAAGGUCCACGCCAUUGUGAACGAGGUGGGCAAGACCAAGGUGGAAUACAGCAUUGGUGUCAAGGCGAACUUUGGGUCGAAGCUCUUUGCUACGAAUGUGGUGGUCAAAAUUCCCACGCCGUUGAACACGGCGAGAAUAAACGAGCGCUGCACCCAGGGCAAGGCCAAGUACGAGCCGUCGGAGAACAACAUUGUGUGGAAGAUUGGUCGCUUCACGGGCCAGUCUGAAUUCGUUCUGUCUGCCGAAGCCGAAUUGACCAGCAUGACCAACCAGAAGAGCUGGAGCCGGCCGCCCCUGAGCAUGAACUUCAGCCUGCUCAUGUUCACUAGUAGUGGCCUGCUUGUCCGCUACCUCAAGGUCUUUGAGAAGAGCAAUUACUCGAGCGUCAAGUGGGUGAGGUACAUGACGAGGGCGGGCAGCUACGAGAUUAGAGGUCGCAAGUCGAUUGACUCACCCUUCAAGGGGCAAUCCGAGCCGGCCCUACCACCCGGCACUUCCCAAGUGCCGGAGUCAAUCAUAUACCUCUCAGACUAUGUCGAACCCACAUGCAAUUACUGCGGCAAGAAGGGCGUCGACAUGCAUUGUAAUGGAUCCUUCGUCGCGUUUGACGACGGUACCUCUUUUGCUACCUACUACUGCAAUGAGGAAUGUCACGUACGGGACUUCGCCUCCUUGAACCAGAUCAUCGACCAGAUUGAUCGACCGAUCAAUCAGACAGCUAACCACCUCUGCAGUGCCACUGCCAUCUCUUUCUUCGACCAUAUCUACGGAGAGUGGCAAGCCCGGUCGAGCUCACCGGCCCUAAAAAAGAAGGUCUCGGGUCCGAUGAUUGCCCCUGCUCGGGAGAACCAGGACGGCGCCCGGGGCGAGGAGCAGAUCGACGAUGGGGACGAGGGCCGGGGCGGCCUUGUCGACUGGCUUCAGGAAGAUCUUGGUCUCCGCCAUACUCCAUCUCCUAUUCCCGAAGCGGUUUCUACCGCAAUAUGCGCGCCUCUUCUGCCGUCUCCUCCCUCGUCUGGCGAGGAGUUCGAUCCCUCUUCAGCCGCUGAUAGAACGCCGUCACCAGAGUCGCCGCAGCCAGAACGGCAGCGCGAGAGGGACCCUUCAGUCUCGAACGGGCCAUCGUCUGGCCUUGCCCGUCCCAUUGCAGACCACCGCACCCAUCGCUGGUCGACUCAAUGCAUUGCUUUCGCGAGCAUGGUUAAGCUUAACAAUAAGUCAUUCACCGGCUGCUGGACCUGCAGAUCUCGGAAAGUCAAAUGCGACGAGCAAAAACCGCAGUGCCAGAAGUGCAUCCAGCGCGAUCUCGAGUGUGAGGGAUACGGGCUCCGGCUGACCUGGGUCGUGGGCAGCGGAGAAGACGGUUUGGAUAGCCUUCUUGUUAACCAAGAGGAGGCCAACACUGCCUCGCCCAAUCGUCGACGCAGCAGACGUGCCUCGCCCAAUCGUCGACGCAGCAGACGCGCCGUCGAGCUUGUCGUCACUGGUCCCAGUCGCUGCUGGACCUCGCCGGAAAUUGACGCUAUGCUCGAGCGGAUAGACACCUGCCCUGAUGGUGCAUCAAGGAGCGAGGCUGGUGGAUUCUCCGUCUUCACUGCACGGCCACAGUCACGGUCAGAAACCCCGACAGGUACCACACCAAGGCGCCUCAACCCUUCCGACACCAGCUCGGGCGGUCAAUUUCCCAGAGACUUUAGAUCUGCGCACUCGGCUUCUCAGCCUCCUAUCGGGCCUCAGCCUGAUCUCGCCUCCGCUACAGAUCGGUGCCUCAUGCAUGGUGCGGCAAGUUUGACCGAGCUCCAGCCCCUGCCCGACAGUCCCCGUCCAGCGUUUUCAGGCUUCAGUCCCGGCCCGCAAAUUCCUGCGAAGCCGCUUGGGGACAUAGGAAAUACUGAGAUCACCCGAAACUCCACUUAUGAGUCCUCCACAUCAAUCGGCAUUCGUACCGGGGCCAUCGGAUCAAACGGGCCACAGUCCGAUAGCCUCUCCAAGACACCUGCUCCGAGACAUCUGGAUCUUCUUCAGGUGCCAGCUGCACAGAAGCGUUUGCUCCAUCACUGGGUGGCCUACACUAGCCGGAAGGUAGCUCUGAUUGAUGGUCCGCUGAAUCCCUGUCGCACGAUGAUGCUACCCAUGGCCCUCAGAGGACUCAUGUCAGGCUCCGACACAUCGACAUCGGACAUAGCUACUUUCCACGGCAUUUGUGCUUGCGCUGCAUACAAUUUGUUCGAGCUUGGGGGCAGGAAAGAGAGUCAUGAUUAUGAGCUCGCGUGUACCCAUGACCAGCAAGCCCUCCGGUACCUUUCACACAACCUGACCCAGGCCGACCAGCACCGUGACCAGUCAUUUGCUAUGGCCAUCAUGGCUUGCAUCACCAUUGACGCCAUCUCCGGCCGCACAUGUCGUUGGAGGGUACACCUCAAGGGUGGUCUGGCUUACCUCGACAACUUGGUGGCCAGAGCCACCGAAAUGGAUAGCUCGCCGGCUUUUCAGACACACCUGGUUGCGAUGGCUAUACUCUGCGGGCACCAGGUGCCCCCAGAGUACAAACGGUUUCUGGAUGGGCACAAGACCAUGGAACUUACCUUUCCAUACUACGGGGUCACGAACUCGUUUCUACAGAAUCUGGACCGCAUGAAUGAACUAAUAGCAGCAGAAGGGCUUCCCAGCCCUCGCGACCUCGACGCCUUUGAGCUUCAACUUUACCUCAAUUUCCCUUCCACGACAGAGAGCCCAUUGUCACAGACCCAGGCUACGAUGCUGCAACACAUGACGCAGGCGUUCUACUACGCAAGCCUUGUCUUUUUCCAACGGUCUGUUCGGGGUCAGCCCCUGGAUACGGUCCAGGAUAUGGUAGAGAACGGAGUCUCGCAGCUAGAAGGCAUCGAAUCAGUGAGCAACGGCACAGCAGGCUGCAUCAUGCUGUGGCCGGCCAUCGUGCUGGGUGCUGAAUGCGGCACGCCGGCAGUUCAAUCUCGCAUGAAGGCCUGGUUUCGCGCAAAGCAGCGGCUCGGGUUCCGGAACAAUGUCGUGAUUGGCGAGCUGGUGCAGACGGUCUGGGACAGCAGGGCGCUAGGUGACGAUGCUGUUGACUGGAGAGUGCUCAUAGACAAGGAACAAUUCGACGUGUUCAGGAUAUGA